ACAGAGCUAUGAGGACAGAGAGGCAGAAGCACAUACUGUGUCACCUGAAUGUGCUGGCUUGAGUAACAUACCAGUACAUUCAUUGAUCCAAGUACAACCUCCAGACUUUAAACUUCAGCAGCCUUCCUAGUCACCGGAAGAUAUGAAAGGAGAGAGGACCCUGCUGAAACCAGUACCUUAAACCUUCCAAGUCAUUACCCUGGGAUUAAUAUAUUUAAGAGUUUUCAACGACUUCAUUCUGAUCAGAAAAUGUCUGUCCUUAAAAGGCUUUUUCAGUACAUUGAUGAACACCAGGAUCUCUAUGUUCAGCGGCUGGCCCAAUGGGUGGAAAUCCAGAGUGUGUCGGCAUGGCCGGAGAAGAGGGAUGAAAUCAAACGAAUGAUGGAAGUUGCUGCCAAGGACAUCGAGCGGCUGGGUGGCACAACUCAACUUAUGAAUAUUGGCACCCAAAAGCUCCCUGAUGGGUCAGAGAUUCCACUACCUCCAAUUAUUCUUGGCAAACUUGGCUCAGAUCCACAAAAGAAAACAGUGUGUGUUUAUGGGCAUCUGGAUGUCCAACCUGCAGCCCUGGACGAUGGCUGGGACAGUGAACCCUUCACCUUGGUAGAAAGAGAUGGUAAACUGUACGGGCGAGGGUCAACAGAUGACAAAGGUCCAGUGCUUGCCUGGCUGAAUGCCCUAGAAGCUUAUCAACAAACUAAACAGGAAAUCCCAGUGAACAUCAAGUUCUGUCUGGAAGGCAUGGAGGAGUCUGGUUCUGAAGGCCUAGAUGAACUGAUUUUUGCUCAAAAAGACACUUUCUUCAAAGAUGUGGACUAUGUUUGCAUCUCCGACAACUACUGGCUAGGCAAGAAGAAGCCGUGUAUUACAUAUGGCCUCAGGGGAAUCUGCUACUUUUUCAUAGAGGUGGAAUGCAGUGACAAAGACCUUCACUCUGGAGUUUAUGGUGGCUCAGUACAUGAGGCCAUGACAGAUCUCAUUACUCUGAUGGGCUCCCUUCUGGAUAAGAGAGGGAAAAUCCUCAUCCCUGGCAUUAAUGAAGCAGUGGCGCCACUUACUGAUGAGGAGCUGGAGUUGUAUGAGAAGAUUGACUUUGACCUGAAGGAAUAUGCAAAAGAUGUGGGAGCAACAAAACUACUGCAUGACACAAAGAAAAAUAUCUUAAUGCACAGGUGGCGAUACCCAUCUUUAUCUCUCCACGGAAUUGAAGGAGCCUUCUCUGCCUCAGGAGCCAAGACUGUGAUUCCACGGAAAGUAACUGGCAAAUUCUCAAUCCGGCUAGUGCCAGACAUGACUCCAGAAGAUGUCGCCAAACAGGUUCAGGAUUACCUCACCAAGAAGUUUGCUGAGCUGCAAAGUCCCAAUAAGUUCAGAGUAUACAUGGGCCAUGGUGGAAAACCUUGGGUGUCAGACUUCAAUCAUCCCCACUACAUGGCUGGCAGAAGAGCAAUGAGGACAGUCUUUGGAGUUGAGCCAGACUUGACAAGAGAGGGAGGAAGCAUUCCUGUCACUCUGACCUUCCAAGAGGCAACAGGCAAAAAUGUAAUGCUGCUUCCUGUUGGAGCUGCAGAUGAUGGUGCCCAUUCUCAAAAUGAGAAACUGAACAGGUAUAACUACAUCCAGGGAGUGAAGCUGCUUGGCGCAUACCUAUAUGAGGUAUCUCAACUAAGGGACUGAACUAUGGAGGUGAAAAUCCCAAACAUGAAACCAUUUUGUGGUUCAGAGUUCUGGAAAUCCUGCUGACAAGCAAGCUCAGACUACCAAAUACCUACAGCUUUACUCCUUCCUUCCUCCCCUCCCCUCCCUUCCCCUUCCCCAGUGACUCACCCCUCCCAUUUUUCACCCACCAACACUCAAACUCCUGCAGAGGAAAAGCAUCAGGCCCCCCACUCUAGAAAUCCUGGAACACCCAGUACCAAAAUACUGCUUCCAGUGCACACUCCAUU